AGGCCUGAGUUGGAGCACUGAGUCACCACUCUGCGGUGGCAUUUCUUAGGUGGACCUCUCAGAUGCCCAAUCCAAGUAAUAUCUGUUGUUUUUUGUUCUAAGUAUCCAACUCAAAGAGAAUUCUCACGUCUUUUUUCUUUAAGCCACAGCUGUCAUCACGCUUGUUAGACAGGUUUCCUUCCUGCCAUCACACCCAGCCCUUAGCGUUCCAGCUGCCGCUGUGCUGAGCACAUUCACCUGAGAGCCGCACAGAGCCGUGCAGGACCAGAGCAGGACCACAGCAGCCAGAGGCUUCCUCUUCCUCUGCCAGCGCCACAGCGCUGCUGUCUGCACACCAUGUACAGGCCUGUCACAGCGUCCCGGGCAUCCUGGCCUCUCUGGCUGAUUGUCCUCAUUACGUUUGGAGUGCUGGCCAUCCUAGGAGUAACUAUUGGUCUCCUGGUUCAUUUUCUGGCAGUAGAAAACAGGACCUACUACUACCAAGGUAGCUUUAAUGUGCUGGAUAUCCCAUAUAAUAGAGAUUAUGAAAGGGAAACAUCACCAGAAAAUAACUAUCUUAGCAAAAUUCUUGAGACUAGGAUGGAUGAUGCAUUUCAAAGUUCUAGCAUUUACAGGCAAUAUAUCAACUCUCAAGUCAUCAGACUGGUUCCUGACAGCAACAGUGUGAUUGCACACAUAUGGCUGGUGUUCAAGGGCCCCCGGUCAAUGAAAGAGAACACAAGAAGAAAGGUCGAAAACAUCCUCCGUCAGAUGCUGAGGGGCCACGUGGGGUCCUUGACGACAGAUCCCAAUUCUCUGAGGCUCCAGGAAAUCAGUAAGGUUGAUGCCGAAAAGAUUAUCAACAGCCGCUGCGGUAGACGGGCCAGGAUGUCGGCGACAUAUGACAGGAUCAGGGGCGGCUCCACCGCGCAGGAAGGAGAGUGGCCAUGGCAGGCCAGCCUCAAAAAGAACGGCCGGCACUACUGCGGGGCGUCCCUGGUCGGGGAGCGGCACCUGCUGACUGCAGCCCACUGCUUCCAGAGGACAAAAAACCCAAAAAACUAUACUGUCAGCUUUGGCACCAAAGUAACCCCUCCCUACAUGCAACAUUACGUUGAGCAAAUUAUCAUUCACGAAGGCUACAUUGAGGGCCAGCAUCACGACGAUAUUGCAGUGCUGGUGCUCACUGAAAAAGUUUCAUUUAAGAAUGAUGUACACCGAGUUUGUCUUCCCGAAGCCACAGAGAUCUUUCCACCAGGUGAAGGAGUCGUUGUCACAGGCUGGGGAGCACUUUCAUAUGAUGGUGAAUACCCAGUGUUACUGCAGAAAGCACCCGUGAAGAUCAUCGACACCGACACUUGUAAUGCUAAGGAAGCGUAUUAUGGGAUGGUGCAGGACACAAUGCUGUGCGCUGGGUACCUGGAAGGAAAUAUCGACGCCUGCCAGGGUGAUUCUGGAGGGCCACUAGUUCAUCCAAAUUCUCGAAAUAUUUGGUAUCUUGUUGGAGUAGUGAGCUGGGGAGAUGACUGUGGUAAGAUCAACAAGCCGGGGGUCUAUGCACGGGUGACUGCCUACCGAGACUGGAUCACCUCCACGACGGGCAUCUGAGAGGGAAGCAUCUUGGGGGGUUUGGUAUGAGUGGAUGGGUGAGGCAGGUGCACGGAGGGCACUCCCCACCACGCGCGCUCCCUGUGGACCGCAGUCCUCCACACCACAUUCAUGUCCUCACUCCCGAUUUCUGUAGACAUUGUUCUCACUUUGUGUUUUUAGUUUUCUUUUUGUACUCUUCAAAAGUAUUCAGAACUCCUAAGAACUUUAAUGUAGGUUGUAUUUGUUAUAGUACCAUAUUAAAGAUUAAAACUAAAAAAAAUUAAAGUAGUUAUUGAAUUUAAAAUAAUAAUACACUCAUUACAUGUGUUAGCAUAAUAUAAUUUUUAUUUAAAACCACUUCCAGGACAACAAAAUGAAAAACUGGCAUUAUGUUACAGUUUUGCAAAUGUCUUUACCAUCUGUCUCAGCAGAAGAUGGCUAAAUUCUCAUAUCUGCUUCUUCAUUUGAUCUAUUGUUUUGGUUGAAGUAUAUGAAGAAAAUAUGGUUUUACACAUUAAUAACUGAAAAGGAAAGAGUAUGCCAAUGGUAUUUUCAGAUACAUGUAGUGUUCUCCUUUGGAAACACCCAGAAGGCAGUGAGUAGUCGUUUCUUCCAGUGAGGCUUUACAUCACUAACUUCCUGUGCUCUGUUGUAUUUGUCUCCAUUAGUAUAUCUUACAUUUUGAACUGCAUAAUUUUGUAGCAGCAGUCUGUCGUUCUGAAAAUGCUGAUUCACUGAGUUACGUGGAUAUUUCAAAUGCUGACACCUUUCACUAUAUAGUUUAAAAAAAUCCAUUCAUUAAUGUUAAGUCUGAUCCCAUCAUAAAAGUAUUUGAAGUUUUAGGGGCUGUCAUGUUCACAGGGGCACACAGUUUACUACAGUCCUAAUUUUCACAAUAAAUCCUGAAUUUUGUUAUUAGCAACAAAUUCCCCCAGUUGUUUUCCUUCUGACUUUGUUCAUCUUUAAGAAAAUAUCUGCCAGGUACUUAUUCUAAAUAAGCAUAGUUUCUUAGUCAUUCUUUUCAAAUAACAUGUUGUUCCAUGACAAAAAUGAUAAGCCCAGCUAGCAAAUCAUAACAUUGCUCCCGUGUGUCUACCCGAGACCAGCCUUGCAGUGUCUCCUAACUGCUUCUCAUCUAGUCAUGGGGAGUGUCAUAAAGACAUGUAUGUACUCAAGGUCUAAGUUUAAUAGCACUUGUAAUUUUUUAUGUUUUAUGUAGGGUAUUCUUAAACAAACUUGGAUAUUGUCCCUGAAAAUGUAAGUCACUGAAUAACAGUGAUACAAUGACUUCUGGUCAGUGUGGUGCCACUGCCUUUUCAGCCAUUAUUGUUCUUGCACCAUCAGUUUAAUAUUAGACACUCCUUGAAAGGGUCUCAGACCUUCCCAGGGGUGUGCACAGAAUGUUCUGAAAGCCCCUGCCCUAUGGUAAUUACUUUAAAAACAUCUACAUAACCAAUGUCCACAAAAUAAUUUCAUCAAGAAUCAAUCGUGUGUGUGCUCCUGGUGGUGAAGCACGUGAAAGAUGAUGGGAGGUUUCUCACAGGCACUUUGUAGGAUGAACUAAAGGAAAACAGGAAAAGAUUUCUCCGUGAAGGGUGGAGGAGUUUGGGAAGGGCACUCAAAGCAGGAACUGUGUCCAAGACUGUGACUGAAUACGCCAUCAUACAUUAGUCAGGAUAGGCUAGAUCUCAAUGUGGUUAACACACACCUACAUCUCCACAGCUGAACACGUUAAGAUUUAUUUCCCACCUACAUCCAGGUCAGGAGGAUCAGCAGUGGAGACUGCUUUCAUACCGCAGCUCUGUCCCCAGUGUCUGUGACAGGAAGAGCUGCUGCCAGGUCCACUGAGAGUGGAAAAGGCUCCUGCUGGUGCUCCUCAGCCUUCCUCACAACUCCUCAGUGGCCACUCUUCGCACUGACCAGAGAGCACACGUGGGUAUCUGGAAAGCACAGAUUUCUCUGGCCUAACCUAGUUCCUUAAAGCAAACCACUGACACUAUUUUCUACUCCAAUAAAGAACACAUAAUUUCUCUUAUACCACGUAAUCCUCCAGAAUGACAAGGGUAGGCAAGUCCACACAGCAGUUCCAGAUCAAGCCGGGCGGGGAGGUGCUCAUCAGCAAGAAUUCUUUCUGGCAUAGCGAUCACAGCUCUGGGGAGUGGAAGAGAAAAAGAUAGGUAAUACUAUGUUGGGACGAAAAGCCUCUAGAAUUACACAGUUUUACAUGACAUAAUGCUAAGAGCAUAAAAGUUAGGUAAAACUGCUAUGUAUUUUGUCCCUACUGUAUAAAAUAUGAAUAGAAAAAAAGACUAGAAAGAAACACAGGACAAGAAAAAUUAUUUUUUAACUGAGUUUUUUAGUGGCAUUAUGAAUGAUUUUCAUAUUCUAGAGUCUGUAUUAAAUUUUCUAUAAUCAACAUGGUCAUAAUCUAAGGUAAAUAACUUAAAAAAUUCUAAAUUAAAUUAUGCAUUUUAAUCUUUAGUCAUUAAAUAUUGAUAAGAGAGAUUCAUAAACAGAGUGAGCAUAUUUCCCCCACCCUAAUUUCUAACAUGUGGUUAAAAUCUAGUAAUAAGAUUGAAAUUUUUGCAUUGAAAAAUUGGGAAACUAUAUGGUUGCAUAACCACAAAAAGCCGCAAUCCUGUAAUUAUGUUUCUUCCAGUUCUAAUAGGACAUAUUUGUACAUGAUAGAUUUAUCAUUUAUGUUUGCUCACCACAAAUGUGUUAAUGAAAUGUGUGUUAAUCUGGUUUUUAUAAACUGAACGAUUUUUAAAUUAGAAGACAGUUUGAUAUUUAAAUAAAAGCUUUAUUUUGAAUUGUUUUUAUUUAUAAAACAUAAAUACACUUACAUAUUAGUUUAAAGAUAAUAAGCCUUUAAGUAUUACCUCUGGCACCUGGGCUUCUGGUUGCUCCUGUGAGCAGACAGCGCCUGUGUCCGCCGCUCUCCAGCAGGCGUCGCUGUAACCCCGGCUUUGGGCCCCUCGUCCCGCGGCGUCAAGCUGGUCAACCUGGACUUCCAGGAAGGAGCAUGCGCAGUCCCGCGAGAGGCCGGCGAGCCGGCCGAGCGAGAACGUCCCUUGCGAUCCUACUCCUGGUGGAUAAAGAACAAAAGCCAAGACCGUGUGCGCGCGCUCUUCAAUUGGCACCAGCCCAGGGACAGUGUUCGUGAGGAUGACAUCACAUGUCGGAAGGGUUAAAUUUUUGGAAGAAGCAUAAAUUAAUUUAAAUUAAAAAAAAAAACAUUUUUGCAAAGGACAUAAUCAAGUUCCAUGAUAAGCAUGGGUAAAGUAAUAGAUUUUGCUCAAAAAACAUCUAGUGGCGAGAAAGCACAAAGUAACAGCCGUGUAAACCGUGACAGCUGUCAGGGUCCAGCCCCACGCUGCGCCCGCUGCCUCCUCCGCCCUCCAAAUACUCAGGGUUCCCAAAACUUAGCAAUCGCCUGAGGCAUGCGAGUCCUUUCUCUGUUCACUCAUUUAUUUAACGGCAUUUCUGUUCUUGAAAAUUCAUCGUCACCUCUAUUUUCUCCUUCCUCACUUCUUUGCCAAGUCCUACUUCCUAGCAGUCUCUCUAAUUGUGACUGACUUAUACAAUGAAGCAUAACGUUUUCAAUCUUACCUUCAAAGUAAGAUAAUAAUCUGAAUUAUAUUAAAAUUCCCAGUCUUACCUAUGAGUUCCUCCUUUAGCAACUCAAUAGUCAAAAUUCUAAUCUCUUUCAAAGCCGAGAUCAAAUUCCAUCUAAAAACAAAACAAAACAAAACAAAACUUGUUUUUAAAAAUUAUUCUCUCCUUUCCAGUUCCCCAAUAGAAUAUUAUUUGUAUUUCUGUUGGGACACUAAUCAAAGUCUGUCUUGUAUUAAA